UGCUGAAUUAGAUUUUUUUUUAUCAGUAAAAGGUGAGUAAAAGUAAAAGGGCAUUCCACAGCUGAUUCCUCACAUUACUACAAGUCCCAUAAUUCUCCCUAAUGGCCUCAUCACUGACAACUCUGCCUGUAUAUGAGCUCAGCUCGGACUCAGCUAGCCUAGUUAGCUCUACCAUGGACAGAGGACUUCAAAGUAUGACAAUCUCCUACUUGUGUACAGUCUUAUCUGAACUCAGCGGCGCUGCGCUCUUUUACAGCCGCGCAAUGAUGAAGUGAACAGUGGAGUGGAGUCGGAAUGGGGUUUGGACUUGUUUUAUCGGUGUGAAUAUUAACCCCACUUUUCGGCUGAUAUGGAACAGCCACAGGAACAGCCUCAGGAACUCUCCUCUGCCUGCAACCUGCCCAGUGUUUUUGACCUGACGAGGAAUGGCGAAGAGUGUCUGUUGAAAGCCGGUUCUAUAGAGUCCUUGCAUGUCGUCCAGCCUCCAAGCUGGUAUGUGAGUUCUGGGACAAGUAAUGCGAUGGUGCUCCCAGUGGAUGAUUCCCUCCCCCAGCCACAGCCCAACUGUGACCAGAUUCAACCGGACAAUGCGUUUUCGAACACAACUGUCACACUCUCUUAUGUGAGCAGGUCUCAUGUCUUUUCUGGUCAAAACCCACUCUCAGAGCAUUCCCAGAUUUACGGGGUUCCACUUGGCAAGACAUUCUCUCUGCACCCUGCUGCCUACGAUGCUGGCCAGUUGGUCACUGAUGCAGGAGCCGCUCCACUCUGUGUGGAGUUGGACCAGCAUUGCCUCCAGCCGAUCUCUGUGCCAGUUGGAUUAGCAGCCUGUGCCAACUCGUUUGAGUUUGUCACUCCAGCGCAGGUUGUUGAGAAUGUUGCAGGGCUCUGUUAUCUCCAGCAGGCUCAUGACCUCAGUGGCAUACAAGAUGUUGAAAGCCUUACUUUGGAAACCCUUAGGUCUUUGCAGCAGAACAACCCUAAUGAGUGCAAGAUUCCUCUCAGCCUGGACGAUAUGCAGAAUGGCACCAUUGGCACUCUGUGGGAUGCAGGAGCUUUUGAUGGGAGCUUCCCAGCUGGACACAUUGCAAAUGCAGAGGAUCAACAACGGAACGGAAAUCCUGAGGUACUGUUCCUGAUCUCCAGAUCAGAGGAGCCAGUUGUGGUACAAAACAGCCAGGCACCUGCAAGCCUUGCUAUGGCUGUAAACCAAGACUUUAUAAGCAGACCGGAGGAUCCUGUGUCAGCCCCUGUUGCCCCACUGGAUGAGGCAAAGGAUGCAUUCUCUCUGCCACAGACUGCAGGAUCACCAAGUGAGGAAAAUGUGAAGUCAUUUAGUGAAACUGAUAACACUAGGCAAGGUGAAUUAAGUAAGGCAGAAUCUGAUCUGACCACAAACCUGGAAGAAACAGGUUUAUCAUCCGUCAAUGAGGUUGCAUUACAAAUCGACACCAGAACUAGCAGUCACUGUCAGCUGACUGGGAAUACUGCUGACAUAUGCAAGCCUGAACAGACGGAACAGAGCAGUGAUUUAUCUGAAGUAAAGGAAGAUGAGGCAGAAGAACUGGCGCCAACAAAUAGGAAUACUGAUUCGAGCUGUGGUGUGCUUGCCAAAAAAGACACUUUUAUAAAAAAAGAACUUCCCCCACGGAGUAGACGAGGUAAGAGAUUAGAGGCCAUUGUUCAGAAUAUCUGCCCUAUCAGGUUCAGAUCAAGUCAUGUUCUUUCUACUAAAAAGCUGCAGCAUUUAAACACUCGGGUGGAUGAGACUACUCACCCGGGUCUUGAACAAGAUGUGCCAUUUGACAACAGUAGCCAGGUUUUUGUGGAGGAGGAGUACACUGAAGAGGCGGCGACUAAACCUAAAAAAAAAACAGCACAAUUACAGGAGAAAGAAGAAGAAACAGGUGUCACUGAUUUGAACAGUUCUGAAAGCCAAAUAUCUACCUCAUGUUCUGAAAGUGUUUCAAAACAUUCACUUGACCAUAGGUCUCCAGGGACGUUACACAAACCAGUCAAAUGUGGAAAGAAAUCAAAGAAAAGGCAAAGAGUUUCUAAGAAGUCUCCUGUGAGGGUAAGAAAGCGAGCUGCACCGCCUACACCGAAGACUCCUACAAAAAGCCCUUCGAAGCAGAAAACAUUACGCACAAGUAGCAAAGGUUCACCAAGAGCAAAGAAAGUUCAUACACCCAAAAGAAAAAGGAAAAAGCACAAAGGUGGCCAGAGUUCCAUUUUCUCUCCAGAGGAGCCUGAGAUAAAGCUCAAGUAUGCAAACUAUAAAGAGGAUAAAAGGGAAAAGAGAGACAAGAUCUUCUCACCUUUCGUUCGCAUGAAACUGAAGCCGUAUUCUACCUGCACGGUCAUCAACUACCCGGAGGAGAGCGAGAGGGGAAAGCUAAAGGUGCCCUCCAAGUUUACAUCUGGGGCAGUACCUACAUCGCCUUGUCUCCAAUACAGCCGCAUCUCUAUGGAGGCAGCUCAGCGGGGUGCUUUGGUCUGCUGCCUGUGUGGAGGCUCUGCCAAUGCUAUGGACUUGGGGGACUUGCAUGGGCCUUACUAUCCUGAGGGUUUCAAACCAGUGUCAAAAACACCAGCUAAUGCACAGGAGCAGAGAGAAGAAGACUCCAGUGACUCGGACUCCUCUCACCUUGUCAAUGGCAAUGCGUGUGUGGUUCAGUCACAGACUAGUUGGACUCGUAAUGGUCACCACAAACUCCGUCAGGCAGCUGCUAUAGGGACCUAUCAGGCGUGGUCCAGUGAAGGUGAUCUUUCCUGCAGCCCUGCACCUAAGAGGUCCAGGACAGACUCUGUAACGGACUGGUAUAGCCCUCCCAUAGUGCCACUAGAGGCCAAUGAGUAUUGGCUUCACGAGGACUGCGGCAUGUGGUCAGCAGGUGUCUUUUUUGUGCGAGGGAAGCUCUAUGGACUUGAGAAAGCCAUUAAGGUUGCACAGGAGACGGUUUGCUCGUCUUGUCUGAAAACAGGAGCCUCUUUGGGGUGCUUUUUCAAAGGCUGCCCUAACAAAUAUCACUACAGAUGUGCAAUGCAUUCAGGCUGUGUUCUUAAUGAGGAAAACUUUUCAAUGAAGUGCAGAAAACACAAGAACAAAUCCUUAAAAGGUGUUUCAAAUAAUGAACAGAGCAGCAGGUGACCGAGGACGCGACCCUACACAAGAACCGGAAUCAUCUCUUUGCGCUGGCGUCUACACUCUCUGAACUCUGUGGACAACUUUAAACGGACACAAAAUGAAAUGCAGACACCCAUAUACCUUAAUGCUUUCUCCAACUCUUGCACUAAUUCCUCUUUCAAUCCUUCUCCACACCAACAGAGGCUCUGGAGACUACAGUUCACUGCAGUUAUUUGCGAGGUGAAGGAUUCUAGAAUCCUGCAGAAAACAAAGCCUAGUUUCAGCCUAAAGCAAUUCUUAGUGACACUGCGAUCUUUCUACUCCAGAGCUUGACUUGCUCUUUGUCUUUGGGCAAAAUUGGCUGUUAUAAAUAAAUGGGAUACAGUGUGAAGCAUCUGAAUUAUAUGCACAUUCAUAGGGCUUAAAGAAUCUGACAAAUCUCCUAAACCAUUGGCGCAGCACAAAGUCAACUGCCUAACAAUGUUUUGAUUACACGUAGUUAGUUUGUAGCACAUUUGUCCUGAAUUUAUUUAUUGUAUUUGGGGUAAAUUAAAAUGGAAGCCUCUCAGUUCUCAGAACUGUGAGUAAUCUGUGUACAUGUUAAUUUAAAAAGUAAAUUAAUUCUCAAGACUCUGCUCUUCUCCUAAUGGAUUUUAUAAUAGGCUUUGCAAAAUGCCCUCUUAAUUAAAUGCAAGAAAUCACAUUCAGUAGAUUUAUAGGCAACACAACAGUCUAUGUACAUUUGUAUUUCAUUUUCCACAUCAGCUUAGCAGCGGCGGUUGCCCUGUAAAUUAACUGGUUGAUGAGCAGUUCUUGCAGAAGCUUCUGGACCAUUUUCUGUGCAUUGGUGUUUCUUUGCCUAGAUUCAUUAUUAUAGCCUUUCUUGUAUAUUUGUAAGUUAAUUUGUGAAUAUGGAGUAAUUAUUCUUAGCGAAACUCUAAACUGGGUGGGGGGAUAAUUUUCAAAAGCACUUUGAAAGGCAUCUCCUAUAUAAAAGCAUUUAAUUAUUGAGUCUAUAGGGUUUUUGUAUUUUCUUAUGUAGUUCUACUCUCCCUAUAGGACUUGACCUCAGCCCUCCCUGAAAUUAAACAGAAGAAUACAGUGAUAGCUACAUCAUCACAUAGUAUUGUAGUCAUUUUGGUACUAUGCAGACCUGAUCACUUGUAUGCAGUAUGUCUGUCCUAAAAAAUGAGUUCUAUGUAUUGUUGGAAGAUACAUAGGUCCUUCAGAUCCUACAACCGGUGCCGAACUGUUUCAUAAUCGGAUUACUUGCUUGUUGUUUUACCAGCAUUCAUUUGUUCAUCAUGGGACUUAAGCAAUUCAGUUGAAGUCAAUCCUACAUUGAAUGUAGGGCACUUUGCCUUUAAUUAAAAAUUAUUUUAUUUUCUUAGAAAUGUAAAAAUAUGUAAUUCCAUAUCAUUCACUUCCUAAACAGCUUUUCAGUUCAUGUCUGUGUAAUAUAAAUGUAUUUUAAAGGAUUUGAAUUGGAAAAUUCUUUUUAGGGAAGCAAGUAUAACUUAGAACAAUACUCAGAAGGCCGCCAGCAGAUAAUGUGGAGGAGUAUUGCCAUUUACAGUUGAGUUGUGAAGCUUAACUAUAAGGCUAGAGAUAUAUUUACUCUUUGGCUAUGCAUUCAUGUAAUCGGCUGCAUUGUGAACAAAAUGCCUUAAAUGUGCUUUAGGCAAGGACAUGAAUUCUUACAGAUGCACAGACUGGGUUUUGUGCAUUAUUAUAUAAAAAAAUAUGCCACAUUUUUACGUAAUGUAAUGCAAAUGCAAGCUGCAUUCUGAUUAUUGCCUCAAGAGGCACUACAGCAACAGUCACAUUGUUUUGUCCAGUCAACUUUCAUGAUGCUGUUAUCUGUUCAAUAACAAAUCCCGUGAGUACUGAGUGUUUUAACUGACACAGUAACGUAACACGUUAUAUUUGUAGAGCGUAGGCGUUGUAGGAGUUUGCAUACUUAAGUUGAGCAUGUUUAUGUCAUGAUUGUUCAAAUAUUUGCCACUGGAUGCUACUGGCUAAUGACACAAAGCACAAAGGCAAGUACUUAAACAGUUACAUUAUUCAUGUAACCUGCUGUCUAUGAAAAAGCAUACCCAAUAAGCAAAUAUAUCUCUAUCCUAAAGCAUUACAUUCACAUUUUCAACUUAGUUUAUUUUCUUCUCUUUCCCUCUCACGUGUUACUGCCUUGCCAAGACUAAUCAAAAGUUAAAGACCUGCCUUGUUUGGAGUUCAUUUUUGUUAAUGGUGACAUGCAAAUGUUACUUUACUGAAGGACAAAACCCUUCUCAUGUGUUUUCUUUCCUAAAGUUACUAUAAAAAGUGUCCAUAGGGUUGGUCAGAAGCUUUGACGCUGGCUUCUUUAACCUGUUCCUGUUGCUUGCUGAUGUAGUUUGUGUUAGGAUGGGAAACCGUACACUGUUAAAGAUGUUCUAAAUGGCUGUCUGUCUUGCUGUGUUCAUACUCUGUGCCAUAUUCUCCUAUUGUAAUUCUACACUUUUUGCUGCAGAUUUUAAUUGAUUUCAUUAUCCAUUUCUGUCAGAUUCACAAUAAGUCAUUGAGCUUUAUAUCACCACACAACUGACAUACUGACAAUGUACCAAAAAAUGUGCUCUUCUGUUGUGACCUUUUUCUUUCUUUAUUCAUGUGUUGUGUUUUUUCUCAAGACUUGUUCUCAGGGUCGAGCCUCAAUUCCUUUGUCAUCUUUUUACUCCCAGAUUUAUUUAUCCAUGACUGACAACUCGAACUUAUUAUUUGCUGAAUAAUAAAUUGGCUUCUUUUAUUUUCUCUAA